UUGUUACAGAGCAUCUCGUUCAUUCGAAAAUAUCUUCGCGUCCUUAGUGAGCAUCCAUUAAAACCUAUGGCUGACGAUGUUUCAUUACGCAAAUUCGCCAAUAAUUUUCUUCGUAAAGACGGAUUACGAAUAAUUUCAACGCAUGCUGGUGAACUUAUGACAUCUGAACUGAUACUUGCGCUUUGGAACGACUUCAACAACAUCGGCGAGUGGAUGGAACAUUGAGAAUGGCAAUUGAUAUA